AUGCGAAUCCACCCUGUCUUUUAUAAAAAACUCCUAGAACCAGCACCUCUAGAUACUAAGCUAGUAAUAGAUAUAGAGCUUGAAGAUAACGAGUAUAAGGUUGAGGAAAUUAAGGACCUAUGGAAAAUUGGUAGAAACCUGAUGAACUGUAAGUCACUGGUACGUGAAUACUACUAG